AUGCAUUCCGGCAGUACUGACCGAGCCAAGACGGGCCAAGAGCGGUCGCCGACGGAUAUGGGUUUCCUCUUGUCUCAUCAGUUUCCCAGUCUCUCGCCUCAUUUUAGUCGUCUUUUCAACUUUUCAGCUGAUUAUCUUCGUUCCGCCCAUUUCGACCAGGGGCUGUGGCCACAGUUAGUGCAACCGACCAAUCGGUUAUCCACGUGUGUUGCUCGUGAACAUGAUCCUCCACCGGCUUUGCAAAUUUCUCAUCUUGUGCCAUAUUGUACCUUAAAAGAUUUGCUCAUUCCGUGCCUCUUGAAACUGUUGCUGGGGGUCCUUGGGCCAGUGGGUUAUCAGUCAUUUACACGUCAAAGAAACAUCCUGGGUGCGAGUAUAGCCGAGCCUUACUUGUCUCUUUACGGUAUUUCCUCGUAUGCUGUGUAUUCUUCGCCGAUGCUUGACCUUGUGUUGUUUAUGUUGUAUGAUCAAGUAAUGUCUCACUUUCUAGCUUGGUUCAAGGCAACCACCAUCCUAUUCUGCCAGACAGACAAGUCACAUAGUGUCCUGAUACGUACCUCUACAGCUUUACAAAAUCAUUACACCCCCGAACGAUUAGAGGCAAGGUUAUUUGUGGCGGAUAGAACGACGUCUCAACAGCCGCAGCCUAAUCGUCAACUUGCAGCAACUUGGUUACACAACGCCUCCGAAAACAACGUACGAGAGCGCGAAUAA